GGAAUCGAACAAGGAAUAUCUUUAAGGAAACUUUGACAAAGCAUUUUAGGGAGCAGUGGAACUAAUCCUGAAGCAGCGGCGUUGGAGGAGGAUUGGGCACCUAUUACGGAAAGAUGGAACUUCUAUCACUUAGGCUGCUGUACACUGGACACCAGAAGGAAAGCGAAAAAGGCGCAGACCAAAAGCAACAUGGCGCAGGACAGUAGAGGAAGAGCUACAACAACAUCAUCUACUCCGGUUGGAGCACCAUCGAGAAGGCCGCAAAAGACCGGUUAGAAUGGAAGAGCCUCGUUGCCGCCCUUUGGGCCAGCCGGCGCUAUGGGGAUGACUGGAACUUAUUAGGGAGAAAAAGUUAAAUUUUCAAGGGAUCAAGAGAACAUUCCACCCCCCUGGGAGGCCCUCCUCGGCAUGCGGCGGUCACGCAGGAAUUCAAUAUGCACGCAUACCGGACCUAUCUUCUUCACCUUUUCCUGUCACACUCGGUAAACUCACGUAUGAUUCUGAUAACUGAUCUCGAUUCCGGAAGUCUCUAAGGAAUCUGUUUAUUUUAAAAGGGGAGAGAAGCAAAAGGACGCCGAUUGCUUUCUCGCAACGGGAACGUGACAGACGUGACAGCGAGUCCUCGAUCGGUCCUCCUGAUGCACAAAAAUUAUCACGUGCCAGAUCAGCUGUUUGGUCAUCUGUUUGUCUUCCGAUGAUCGGCAUUUUGGCCGUGUAGUGAAAAGAUAACAGUAGCAAAAGUCUCUUGAAUUUCAUAGGAAACACAGUAUGUACUGGGCAAAUCGUCUGGUUGACACAGAAUAGCGCUGUAGGCUAGAAAUGACUUGAAAGUGGAAACCUUGGAAUUCAUCUUGAAGAAUGAACUAUUUAGGCCGUUUUGUGUCGAACGUGCGGGGAUUUUACAGCGAGAUAAACUCCGCCACUCUUACUGGAGCAAUCGACGUCGUGGUCGUUCGACAAGAAGAUGGUUCUUACAUCGGUUCACCGUUCCACGUUAGAUUUGGGAAACUUGGCGUGCUUCGUAGUAGAGAAAAGAUCGUUGACAUAGAAAUCAAUGGAGAGCCUGUUGAACUUCAUAUGAAACUUGGCGAUGCAGGAGAAGCUUUCUUUGUUGAAGAAGUAGAGACCAAUGAUCCGUCAGAGUUUUGCAUCUCCCCAAUACCCACUCCAGAGACUCUUCAAGAUGUCAAGAAAAAUGACAGCGGGUCACUUGAGGAAAGUGGUAGCAAUGCAAAUGUUAGUAGGGGAAGUAGCGAAACUUGCGUGUCUGAAAAUGCAGAGAAGGAUACCAAUGUGACAUCUGCUGCAGAGAAAGAAUACAACAUGACUGUUGAUCAUGAGAAAGGCAGGUUAACCCCAGAUGAAGGAGAAACAGAGGAGAGUAAACCAGAUUCAAAAAAUUCAGAUGUUAGUAUUGAGGAAGCUAGCAAAGCAAAUGAUGACACUCACAGUGAUCCAGAAGCUGGGGAAUCUGAAGAAUCUUCUUUGUCGCCCACAAAGGAGCCUAGCAUAGAUGCUGUUGACAACAAGGAGGUCCCUCCUGUUGAUAACAUUUCAGAGACUGAUAGCAACUUGGAGGCUUUAGAAGUGACCUCUCCUUCCAAGUCAGACAGUAUUCCUAUACCGAUGCGACGGAAUGUUGAUCAACAUGAUUGCUUAUCGGACAGUGAAACCACGUGGCAAGGUUCAAGCUCAACGUCCAUUCCAAGUGGAUUUAGCAGAGACUUCUAUCCUUUCUCUGAUCUGGAUUCACCCAUUGGCUCUCCGCCUACUCACAGUGAUGAACAAGUGAACGAUCCACUCAAACCACAGCACUAUAUGAGUGACUCAGAAUUGGAGUUGCAUCAGAGCCAAGAGAACAUUGCAAGAGAAAACGAAAUCCGAUGGGCCUGGGGAAAGCUACCACAGGGGCCGGAAGGAAGAUCUUUGCAAGACAGGAAACCUUCAGAUUUGAGAAAAGAAGACAUCAAACACAUGCACAAGGCAAAGAGGAGAGAUUCAUCAUUUAAGUCGUCACAUCACAAGAUUGGUAACAAGGAGGGGAUUCUCUUAGAUGAUCUCAGAACGGUUGAUCAUGAAGUGGCAGCACUUUACCUCCACCAAGCUUUAGACUCUAAAUUACAACAGCAGCAGAGUGGGUCAGGAUCAGAAGAUCGAGAAUCUGGGAUUGGGCCAUCACUUCCUUGUUCACCUACAGCUGGUGAAGGACCAAAAGAAACAACCGAUGAGUAUCACGACAUUGCCAUGUCUUUGUGUGGGGAGCUAAAAAAUGGCAAAGUUGCACUUGAAAGUUUCAUGCAGUCCAUGGUGACAUAUGAUGACCUGUGUAGCAACCCUUCAUUAUUGUCAGACCCCAAACUUGUUAUCAGAAUUAACGACAGGUAUUAUAAUUGGCAGAUUGCUGCUCCGAUGUUAAUGUCCCAUGUAAUUUUCCAAAGACCCCUUAGACAGGAUACUGUCCAGUCCUUGGUGAAACAGCACAUGCCUAAAAAGGUUGGUGAUAAAUUACACUGUUUAGGAAAAAAAUAUAUAUUGUUGACAGUACAGACAAAGAUAAUUUUCAUUAACUUUCUGUACACAAAAUAGUUUCUUUGAGACAAA